CUCGGUUCUUCAUGCUUGCCUGAGUGUCUCAUUCUUCCGGCCGUCAAUUCUAUUGAACUCGUCUGCUUUCAGCGGAAUUCUGUGUCCCCACUGGACUCCUGUGAGCUAGUUUGACAGCCUCAAGGCCCUCAAUUGAACGCCUCUCCACCCUUCUUCCCGUGCCCCUCAUCGAGUCAUCGCGGGUUGACCUCCAUCACAACCACAACCACAACCACCACCACAGCCAAGAAAAUGGCCUCCUACAUGAACGCCAGCGAGGCGCUGACCCAACAACAACUCGCGCAGAAUGCAGAGCAACCUGCUGCCCAGUCUUCAUGGGCAAACAAAUACCGCGGGGCCACUGUAGAAGAUUUGGAUCCUAACCCGGCCUUGUCCGUCUCCCCCCACGACCCGAUCUCCACCGCCAUGAUCGCCGCUUACGAACGUGAUUACACACACCUGACCGUUACUUCCUCGACAAAACGUUCCCUGGUGGGGUACCUGAGCAUCCCACGACUUAAGCAGCUGCUCAAGGAAGGCGCUGUGAAGGAGUCCGACCCGGUCUCCGCGGCGAUGCAGCGAUUCAACCGCAAGCGAGGUACAUACCAGGUGAUCACAAUGGAGACGCCGCUGGAGGAGCUGGAACAAUUUUUCGAGAGUGAAACUGGCCCCAAUGGGGAGCCGAGGGCCAAGCAGGAGUUCGCCGUGGUCACCGAUGUCUCGCGCAAAUUCGUGCUGGGAGUCGCAACCAAGGCUGAUCUUGGAGAAUUUGUGAAGCGGAGACCAGCUUAGUCGGCUACAGCGACGGAUAUAUUCUGCAGCUUCUGUUACCUUGCAUUAUAAUGGAAUGCUUGCCUCUGUGAAUUGUUGUCAAUGCAUUUCCGGGCGCAGCCAUUCAACAUGAACUGAACAUAUCAUUCCUGGACUACGCAUUGGAUCCAUCUUUCAACGCAGGUGGCGACUUGUUGGCACCUGACACUGUGUCUAGCUACCUUGAAUUAUGUUUUUGACGGAAUGGACUCAAGGUCUGCAGCAGAUCCGAGCUUACACAGAAUUCCUAAACCCAGAUUCCGGCCUAGCUCCCCAACGGAUAUAUGACAAGAACGUAGCAGAACACCAUUAUUGAAACACAGAUACCGAAAGCAAGUGGAAUCGACAAGACUGAGGAAUAGUUGAUGUCUUUGUACUACUGCGCCUUCUUCGCUUUUUGCUUCGUGUCGGCUUCCCUCUCCGCCUGAUCGUCCUUCCACGCAACAUAGAUGUACGCGAAUAGGACUACGUUC